AGAGUUAAGAUGGGGGAAUUAGAUAUUUAGGGAAAAUCUCCAGAUUGGGUGAAGUCAUUACCCAACAACUAAGACUCCCAUGGCCGACGAUUCUUCCUCGCCGGCGACGGUAGAUCCCAAUUCGCACAAACCAGGGCCAUCUACUCCAAAUCCUUUAUCAACCCCACCGCCUCAACAACAACUUUCGCAGCCGCAAAUCGCUCCGCUCGAUCCAACCAAACCACCGAUCUUUCAACCAGGUCCGCCUUAUGCUCCGUCUGGCUCACUUGUCCCCAAUCUUCCGCCGCCACCACCAUUCCGUCCCGGUGUGCAGUUCACUCAGGCUUCCAACUAUCAAACCCCUAACUCGGGAGUUCCUCCUCCUCCUCCUCCUCCUCCAGGAUCCAUUCCUUAUCCUGGCCAGCCUAUGCGACCUUUCACGCCUAUGGCUAAUGGUUAUCCCGGAAUCCAUGGUGUUCCUCCUCCUGGUUUUAUCUGUUCAUCCUGGCGGUAUUUGUACUGCCUCUGGUGUUCAUAUCUAUUUUGCUCUAGUUUGUGGGCUUGUCCGGUAUCCUUCUCUAUAUCCAACCAUGGUUCGUCCGGGUUUUAUUACGCCCCCCCCUGGUACAGUCGGUGCUGUGCCGCUUGUACAACGCCCACUUAUCCCGGGAAUGCCUGGUCUCCGUCCCGUAAUGUCCCCUAUGACUAGACCAGCUCUUGUUCCUUUCGUACUACAAGUAGAGAAACCCCAGACCACAAUCUACAUUGGCAAGAUAGCAACCGUGGAAAAUGACUUCAUGAUGUCUAUCCUCGAGUUUUGUGGCCAUGUCAAAAGCUGUAAACGCGCGGAAGAUCCCACCACCAAGAAACCUAAAGGUUUUGGAUUCUAUGAAUUCGAAUCAGCUGAAGAGAGUCUUCGUGCAAUACGCCUGCUUACCAAACUAACUAUAGAUGGACAAGAGCUUUUGGUAAAUGUUAAUCAAGCAACAAAGGAAUAUUUGCUAAAAUAUGUUGAGAAGAAAAUAGACAAUGCAAAGAAAGCGAAGGAAAGUCAAGCUGUAGGAACCGAAGAUAACCAAGGUGAAAAAGCUGUAAUAUCUGCGGCGCCCACCGUUGGGGAGAUGGGAAAGGAUGGAGAACCAAAGAGUAAAGAAAACAUUGAUAUUGCUAAUUCUGCAGUUCUAACUGAUGAAGAAAGAGAAGCUGACAAAGAGGCUAAAGAGAAGAUUGACAAUGCUAUUGAAGAAAGGUCAAAGGCCAACCCUCUGCCGCCCCCACCCCCACCACCACCUGCUGAUGGUUCAGGCAUAGAACUUGCCUUCAAAUCUAGGGACGGAGACUCCAACACUGACAUAGCUCGAAGUGAAUCCGCUGCAAAUGAUGUUGAGACUCCUGGAGAACACAAUAGGCCUGACACAAGUUCACCUGAUUGGAGUAAGAGAAAUGACCGACGAAGCAGAGACAGGGGUGAAAAGGAGCAAGAAAUGGAUAGACAUGAGAGGGAGGCAGAACGAGAACGUUUAAGGAAAGAGAGAGAGCACAGGAGGAAACUUGAGGAUGCGGAACGUGCUUACCAGACUCGUCUUCGACAAUGGGAACGCAAAGAAAGAGAAAAAGAGAAGGAACGACAGUAUGAGAAGGAGAAGGAGAAAGACAAAGAGCGUAAGAGGAAAAAGGAAAUCCGCUAUGAGGAAGAGGAGGAUGAAGAUGAUGUUGAUUCAAGAAGAAGAUGGCAUAGGGGUGCAGACGAGAGAAGAAGACGGCGGCUAAGAGAGAAGGAGGAUGACUUAGCUGAUAGACUGAAAGAAGAGGUUGCGGAGGCAAAGAGGAUUGCCGAGGAAGAAAAGUUGCAGCAACAACAGUUAGAUGCCUUAAGGCUCCUAUCUGGACAUGCAGUUAUUGGAAGCGAACCGAGUAAGACAACAACCAAAGAAAACGAUAAUAAGGCAGCUCUCCAAACUGUAGGUGAAUCUGUCCAUGAGCAACAUAGAUCAGAUAUUGAACAAAAUGGUUCUGGUAAUGAAAUGUCCAUGGCUGUUGAUAAUAACAGUGGCUCAGAGGCACAUGCUCCAUCCAAGAAAUUGGGAUUUGGGCUUUUCGGGUCCGGAAAGCGAACUUCUGUGCCUUCUGUUUUCUGUGAGGAGGAUGAAGAGGAAGCGCAUAAGGAUAAGAAGAUGAAGCCUUUGGUUCCUAUAGAUUACUCAGCCGAGGAACAGGAAGCAGUGGCCCAUGGUGGCUCAGGGAAUACACCACCUCAUUUGGCUUUAGCCGCUGAAUUUGCGAAACGAAUUUCGAGUACUAAUCCCAAGGAAGAGACAGCAGACACCGAUACACAUAGGAGCAGACGGUCUCUUCAUAAGCCAAGCCACCGGGAAAGAGAACGGGAAAAGAACAGAGACAGAGCCAGGGACCGAGGCGACGGGCAUGGUGACGGUAAAGAUUCUGGAACAGCAAAGACACCUGAUACUAAGAAGCUGAUGGAUGCGAAACAAUUGAUAGAUACAAUCCCAAAGACAAAGGAAGAGUUAUUUUCUUACGAGAUAAACUGGGCUAUGUAUGACCAGCACCAAUUGCACGAAAGAAUGAGGCCAUGGAUAUCAAAGAAAAUCAUGGAGUUUCUUGGAGAAGAGGAAGCCACACUGGUAGAUUUCAUUGUGUCAAACACUCAACAGCACGUGAAAGCCUCUAAAAUGCUUGAGCUAUUGCAAUCAAUACUAGACGAAGAAGCUGAGAUGUUUGUGCUCAAGAUGUGGAGAAUGCUCAUCUUCGAGAUCAAGCGGGUCGAAGCUGGUGUCCGGUAAAAUCCAAAGCCUGAAACUUUUUUCUGUUUGAAGACUUUUCUUCUUUUGUUGUGUACCCAAUUUUUUUUUCAAGGUAUUAUCGUCUUUGGAUUUAAAGAAGAAUCAUCAUGUUUGCAAGCUUUAAUGUAAAACAAGAGAUUGGAAAAGAUAUAUACAUACACAUUCUAGUCGACAAUAAAUAUUUCCGCUUAAUUA